AUGGAACCUUUAUGUAAUUUCUGUGGAGCUGCGAGGGCAGUAUUGUACUGCAAAUCAGAUUCUGCUCUUCUUUGCUUGAGCUGUGAUGGGUAUGUGCACUCGGCUAAUGCAAUAUCUCAGAGGCACCUCCGUUCAUUCAUUUGUGACCAUUGCCAUUCACAGCCUGCAGUUCUUCGGUGCAUUGAAGAUAAACUCUCUCUCUGUCAGAACUGCAGUGCCAAUGGAAAUUUAUGCUUGGAUCCUGGACAUCAUCGGCAGACACUGAGUUAUUAUUCAGGAUGUCCUACUCUUACAGAGACCUCGAGAGAAGCCAAUUUUAGGUGGGGCACACAAGGCAUGAUGCCUAUGAAUGAGAAUUGCAGUGACUGUUGGGAACCUGGACAACCUGGGUUGAUGGUAACCACCAAGCUGAAUGAGUUGGAGCCUUGUGUUUCAUCUGAACCUUGGACGGGUACAUCUUCAGUGGUUCCUCUGAAUGUGAAUUCGGUACGAUGCAGUGGAGAUAAACCAAGAUUAUACCCUGAGAACCGAAACUUGUCCAAGGGAUACUCUCCAUUGGAUGAGGUUAGCAUUUGUGAUGGUGGUGAUCUCUGUGAUGGUUUCAACAUGGAUGCUGUUGGGCUAAAUUUUGAGAACAACGAUGAGAUUUUCGGGUGCUCUCAAAGUCAUCCCAAUAUUGUUCUUGAUGAUGUGCCCAUAAAUUGCUCAUUUAUGGACAAGAACUUCUCAGUUGCUGAUUCUAAUGGUCCCAAUGAGAAUGUGAUAGAGGCAUCUUCAUCAGGGAAACAUGAGCCCGUAGCUUUUAAAUCUUCUUAUGCUGCUGGGUCUGCCGCUGUAGUGCAGGCUGUAAAUAGUGGAGCAGAUAAUAUGUUUCUAAAUCCUGGUUGCAAUAGAGACAUCAACCUAAGUUUUCCAACUGGCCAAGUCCAUUCAGGCAUGUCACUUUCAUUCUCCAACCACACCAGUGAAAGUAGUGUUGCUGAUUAUCAAGACUGUGGAGUAUCACCAGUUUUUCUGACUGCUGAAUCAUCUUGGAAUGAAAUUGUGGAGACUAGUUGCCCACAGGCAAGGGACAAAGCGAAGAUUAGAUACAACGAAAAGAAGAAAACACGAGCGUAUGUUUGGGAAACAAAUAAGAUAUGCUUCUCGUAAAGCCAGAGCAGAUACCAGAAAGCGAGUGAAAGGAAGAUUUGUGAAGGCUGGUGAAGUAAAUGACUAUGAUCCACAUGUAGAAAGAAACUGCUGAGACAGAUCAAGGGUUCUCUUUCCAUCUGCGCUCUGCAGAGAUUUUUGAUUAAGGUAUCAAUCAUCCCACCUGCAAGAAGCUCGAAACAGUCAUGUCCCUGUAUUUGAAUAACUGGGUGGGAAAAGCGUAUGGAAAUAUGGAUUCAGAAUGAUCUGUUCAGAACUUUUCCGUUGUUCAUUUGAAGGUAUAGCAUAAGAAAAUAUAAAAAAAAAUGAGAGGAAAAAAUAAAGGAAAGGAAAAUAAAAAUGAGUUCUCUUUAUAUCUAAGAAUAAGUUUGGAAGGGAAAGUUAAUAAAUCUAUCUUUUGAUAUGGAUAUAAGGCUUUCACCAGACUCUUUUUAUUUAUUUUGCUUUUCCCUUUUCUCUUGGAGUUACUUCAGAUGUUGUUGUUUUUCUGAGUGUAGACUUCAUAAAUGUUUUUUCUUUUCUUUC